GUUCUCUUCUGUGGUCCAGCCUGGCAUCUCAGCUGAGGCUCUACCCCUCACAGAGCGCUGUAAUGCUGCACACCGCGGAAGAUGAGCGAGUUGAGACGGUCAACAUCAAGCUCUUAUCGGCCGAGGCCACGAUGGAUAAGGAGGGCAAAAAGAGAAUGGAAACCAUUGGAGGACCGAAGCUGUACAGAUCUGCCAUGGUUCCUGCUGUUUGCAUUGUUCUGUGGAGGAAUGUGUGCCAUAUGCGGGUUCACCAUCGCGACGGGCGGCGCAUCACGGCUGUUAUUUGGAUAUGACAGCUACGGCAACACGUGCGGCCAAAGCAACGAGCCAUUAGAAGGUGUACGCCUGAGUGGCCUGGACCACAGUGACAGAAAGUACGUCUUUUUCCUGGAUCCAUGCAACAUAGACAUCAUCCAGAGGAAGAUCAAGUCCAUGGCGCUGUGCGUGUCACAAUGUCCCACAGAAGAACUGGCGACUUACAGCGACCUCAAGAGGUUUGCCAUGAUGAAUGGGUCUGAACUUUGUUCCUAUGAGUUACCUGGUCACAAGUAUCCGUCACUUCCCGAGCGCUUCGAAAAGUGUCCCAAACUUCCAGUGCCAGAGAGCAAAGCUCUUCCGGUGUUUAACCGCUGCACGCCGGUGGACAUAUCCUGCUAUGCUAAGUUUGCUGAAGCGGUGGUCACAUUUGUUAGUGAUAACAGCAUGUUAAACAGGCUGAUCGCCGGGGUGGCGGCCAGCAAAGAGAUUAUUGUUGGACUCUGUCUGCUGGCGCUAGUUCUGUCCAUGAUCCUCAUGGUGAUAAUCCGUUACAUCUCUGCUGUCCUGGUUUGGAUUCUGACUGCUCUGGUGAUUCUGGGUUCUCUGGGAGGAACAAGUUGUCUCUGGUGGUUGUAUGUAGACUAUAGAAUGACCAUGAAUGAGACCAUGUCUAAGGAUUUAAAGGAACCAGAAGAUACUAAUGGUGGCAUGAAGACCCCUAAAAACCACGCUCAAGGCCUACUCAUCUAUGCCGUUUCAGCCACAGUCUUCACCGGGAUUUUGUUGCUUCUGAUGUUGUUCAUGAGGAAGAGGGUGGCCCUGACCAUCGCCCUGUUUCACGUUGCGGGGAAAGUGUUUAUCCACCUUCCGCUGUUGGCACUGCAACCGUUCUGUACCUUUCUCGCUCUCUCUCUAUUCUGGGUCUACUGGAUCCUGGUCCUCCUCUUCCUCGGCACCACUGGGAACCCAGAGAAGAAUGACGACACAGGUCUGGUUGAGUUUAGGCUCACGGGCGGACUGCAGUACAUGACCUGGUACCAUGCUGUGGGUCUGAUAUGGAUCAGCGAAUUUAUUCUGGCUUGUCAACAGAUGACCGUAGCUGGUGCUGUGGUGACUUACUAUUUCACAAGGGACAAAACCAAACUUCCGGUGACGCCCAUCCUGUCAUCGGUGCUGCGGCUGGUUCGCUAUCACCUGGGCACUGUGGCCAAGGGCUCUUUCAUCAUCACUUUGGUCAAGAUCCCACGACUCAUUCUAAUGUACAUCCACAACCAGCUCAAAGGAAAGGAAAACGCUUGCGCACGCUGCAUGCUAAAGGCUUGUAUCUGCUGUCUGUGGUGUUUGGAGAAGUGCCUCAAUUUUUUGAAUCAGAAUGCAUAUGCGGCGACGGCCAUUAACAGCACCAGUUUUUGCACCUCGGCCCGCGAUGCCUUUAUGAUCCUGGUGGAGAACGCUCUUAGGGUGGCGACCAUCAACACCGUGGGAGAUUUUGUGCUCUUCCUGGGCAAGGUCCUAAUUGUGACGUGCACGGCGUUCACUGGCGUGUUAGCGCUGAACUAUCAGAGAGAUUACACCGAGUGGGUCCUGCCCCUCAUCAUCGUGUGUCUGUUCGCGUUCCUGGUGGCGCACUGCUUCCUGUCCAUCUUCGAGAUCGUGGUGGACGUGCUCUUCCUCUGUUUCGCCAUUGACACCAAAUACAACAACGGCACACCCGGCAGAGAGUUCUAUAUGGAUAAGGCACUGAUGGAGUUUGUGGAGAACAGCAGGAGGUCAAUGGCCACGGAGGAGAAGGCUCGCAGCAAGCGCACCCGUCCCAAGGAAGAGGUAGAGUUGACGGAGGUUACGACCAUGGCUCCCGGGACAAGCUCUGCUUGACCAAAAUCAGCCCGUGGGACUUUUUAAAGACAUUCCAAAAUGUUUAUUUUUACCAAUGUGUAACAUGUUUACUAUGGUUUCACUCCAGGGAAUACAAUAUUUUAAUAAGAAACUGUAAAAAAAAAUGAAAUAACAAUGUAAUGAAGCACUUUAUAUUGGAGCGCUGCGUAUUUUAAAAGCCUGAUGCAUUUUUCGUAAUGAUGUCCUUUUUAUAAGACUAAACAACCCAGUUGCCAUCUAGUGAAACGGUCACCGUUUUUAUUAUGUACAUUUUCAUAACAGCCCUUUUUUUAAUUGUUUUUUUACGUGUAUGAGAAACACGCUACAUACAUCACUUGUUUUCUUUGUCUUCAUACUGAAGCAUCCACGCUUUGCAAUUUUUUUUUUUUUCGUGAUGUUUUUUACAAAUUCUUAAUUCCAAGUCAACAGGCCACAUCCUUGCUUUACUUCUGUGCAAAAAGGUUUGCUGGUUUCCCUCCAAUAGAAAAGAGUUUUGUUUGUUUCCGACUCCUCCUUUUUCCUAACUGUUAUUUCUGCACGAAACUGGUCAGGUUACCUAAUACCUGGAGGAAGAUGUAAAUGGUCUCACACUACAAUCCGAAAGUGACAGUCACACUGACUUGUUUUAAGCUUCUGAACAUAUUCUUCCUUCAAAGAAACGAAAGGCUGUUUGUAAAUCCACAGUGGGACAGUCGUGGUACUGCGACGUGAGUCUCUGACAUCUUGUGAAUGCUUGUUUUUGAUUCUGAUAGUUCAUUUUAAGCAGACAUGUUUAUCUUGGAUUUGACUGAACUGGAUUGAUGCUCUAUAGUGUAAAGCAGUGAUCUCUCCUUGGGUGCAGUCCUGUAUCCCACCUGUAGGGGGCAUAGCUACAUUUUAUAACAGCAAACUAUUGUCUUUGCUUUUUUGCGAAAUGUGUGGUAAGGUCAUAGCUGAACUUUUUCUCCCUCUAACCCAUGGAGAGUUCAGUUGCAUUACGAUAAGGAAAUUUCAGGAAGCACUGACUUUCAUUUCUGCAUCUAACUGAAGUCUUCCUUUCACAUUUCGAAAAGAAACUUGUAUUGUUUUCUGCAAGACGGUGAUGUGAUAUUGACGUUUGGGAAGAGGACAGUCACACAAAACUUACAUUUUGCCUUAACCAAUCGAGUGAAUGUCGCCCCUGGUGGAUCACGCAGACUAGUCUAAUGCAGUACAGAACUGAUAUGGAAACGCAGCUUAGGAGCCUUAAACGGAUACACUAAAAUAACAAACCCAUCCAACACCAGAACAUGAAGACUUUGUCACGCACAGGGGAAUCGUUCAUUUAUUUCUAUUCUUUUGCUAACAAAUUUAGAUUUAGCAAAAAUGUUGUGAAUUAAUGUAAUGUAUGUUUUUGUAUCGAUGUUUUGAACAUCUUAAUAUGGGCUGUUUUGCCUGCAUAUAUAUUAUUCCAUGUUGUUGUGUCUUACAUUGGAGGGAAAUGUAAUGAAUUGUGUUAUAAUGAGAUCACGAAGACCUUGCUUUUUUGGGAGGGAUUAGAACACAAUAUCUAAGAGAUAUUAAGAGCAUGAAUCGAGAAAAGAGAUGUAACAUUUGCCACACAAAACUUAUGCUCAAAGCAUGUUAAGUAUUGCACUAAGAUGGAAUACAUUUAAACACAAAAAUCUGUAAAAAAAAACGUUUGUAGUUACAAUUGUCUCAUAGCGCAUUCAAUAUAGAGAUGUUUCAUAAACGUUGAAGGAAAUCUUCUCUGUUUAAGAAAAAAAUGGUCUUUUAAAUGCUUAACACUACAGUUCGUAGGAACACAACCAGUAGUUUUAUCAGGUAACAAAUUGAUGAUGACUGAACAGGGUUUGUGUAAGAUGCUCAGCAAAACUGCGACAGAACAUUUGUCCAGGUCAUAUUUGACCAGAAAAUCAACAAAAAAAGUUUUGUUUUCUAUAAAUACAAUAAAAAACAUUCUUUUGGACCAUUAAAAUUUUAUUUUAUGAAUUUUGUUAUUUUAAAAAGGCACAUUCCUCAUCACUGCUUUAUUUAUACUAAAAUGUGUAAAAAGUUGAGAAAUAUUUUCUUUUUAAAUUUGAGAAUAGUGCUUUACUAUUUAUGCAUUUUUUAUAUGACCUGAACGUGUUCCUGACACGUUUUGUGUGAUGCAUCCUGUAAUGCUGAACUAUGCUCAGUUUUUAUUCUAAUGUUGUAAAGGAGUGGUCGAGAAAACUAACAUUAGAUCAGAACAAAUGGUUAUCUGUGAAAUUUGCUUUACUUUGGAUGCCAAUGUCAAGUAAACAUCUGAAACGGAUCUUGGUGGCCUCAGACAUCAGCUUUGGCUCACAACUCUACAUUUUAUUGCCAAAUGUGCACAUAAAAGGAAUCGUGACUGUGCACAAACACUAAUUGUUUUUGGUCGUGACCUUUUUUCUUUCCUCUCUCAAAAUCACUGAACCGGCUUUAUUAACAGCCAAGAUGUUGUCUGUGUGUAUUAGAAAGAAACAGAAGCUGUGUUUAGAGACAGAAUCAAGCUAGAAAAAACUCAUAACCACUACACACACACAUAUACACACAAUGACCUGCAUGCUCCUGACCCGGGACCUUUCUAAUUCUUUAAAACAAUGAGCCAUUUUUGUAGGAACGUGAACCGUUUGGCAUUAGAAUACAUGUGAUUUAACACUUAUAGAAGAAUAGCUUUAUUAUGCGACAAGCCACUAUUUUUUAUUUCUUCAAGAUGAGAUAGCGAGUCUCCUUCAAUUUGGGAAACGUCUGUUCUCUCAUACGAGGGAAUAUAAGUGUUUCUAUAAUGGUCAUGGAUAGGCAAUAUAUCAGUUCACUCCUCUGGUGUGAUAUUAGCUCUUAGCUCUUACCUGCAGUGAAGUUGUUUGUAACAUUGAACUAAGUUUUUGUUGGUUUGUUUGAAUUUUAUAUCUAUGAUUUCAUAUGUAUCCUGUUUUUUAAAGUAAUAAAAUGGGGAAAAAAGGA